AUGGCAGAUUAUAAGCCUCCACCUCUCCCCUCCCCCUUCUCUUUCACCCAGCCGGCCCCAACCCUUCUCACCCAAGGCGCCGAAGCCCACCUCUACAAAACGGUCUCCCUCGACCCCUCCAUCCCCGCCGCCCUCAAGAUCCGCCCGUCCAAACCAUACCGCCAUCCAAUUCUCGACCGGAAACUCACCCGCCAACGCAUAGUCCAAGAAGCCCGAUGUCUGGUGAAGCUCAUCCGCGAAGGCGUGAAGGUCCCCGCCCUCCUCGCGCUGGACUGGGAAGGCCAGGGCGGCGACAGUGGGUGGGGUGGAGCUUGGCUGCUGAUGGAAUGGAUUGAAGGGCCUGUUGUGCGCGUGGUUCUGGAGCAGUGGGAGGCAUGGAUGAAGCAAAACAGCAGCUCACUGGAUGAGGCUCAGCGUGCCCGCGAAGAAGAUCGCGUGCGCGAUCUGCUGAACCGGAUGGGGGCGGCCGGAGCGGAGAUGUGGACCCCAAUGGGGCUUCUAUGGAGGGGGGAGAUCGUCAUCAUUGAUCUCGGUCUUGCGUCGCAGAGCACGCAGGAUGAGGAUCGCGCGGUCGACUUGUACGUGCUUGAGCGGGCGAUUGGGAGCACGCAUCCGCGCUCGGAAGCUCUUUUUGAUGCGCUGCUACAGGGAUACCGUGAAAGCUACAAGGGCGCUACAUCUACGCUAAAGAGAUUGGAGGAUGUACGGAUGAGAGGCCGCAAGCGCAGCAUGCUGGGUUAA